GCAUUUCACCUACCAGAUAGGGGGAGUCCGAGCUGAGGGAUGGGAAUGUCUUGUGAUCUCUAUCAAUGAAGCGGGCUCAUUCUGCCAGCAAGGACGCACUCUCAGCCAGUAGCCCGCGCCCGGGAGGUACUGGGGACACUUGGGACAAGUGGGACCCCCCGCCUGCACUUUUCCCCUCUUCUCACCCCCCCUCCUCCUUUUCUCCUCCUACCCAAAAGCGAAACAGAACAUGAUCAAGUCAAUCAUAUGGACAUGCCUCAUUAUUCAUUGAACACAAUCUUUUUCCAAGGCUCCUUCACAUGCAGCACUCCGUGCGAGGAUCUGUGCUAGAACCUUGCAAGAGACCUCCUGAGUUAACGGCAGCAUUAGACUAGUGAUUCCAAACUCCUAGCAAAAGAGUGCAUCAAAGAUUAUUUCAGGUGGCUGUUUACAUUCCCAUUCCCUGGCUUCUUAGUUUCUUGCAACUAAAAUAAUAUUGUUGACUAUCCAGAAUGAAUUUCCCAGGUUUUUGCUCUCCAUGUGGCACAAGUGAAGGCGAUUUGAAAGUUUAGCACUGGAGAUUACACUUUAUUAUUCUGGGGAAGAGGGACGUCCUGCUAACAAGUCUGUCUUUGCCAACAAACUGACAAGAUUGUCCUUUAACCAAGCAUGCAGUUACGCUGUUAAGGCCUUGUCCUCUUUCUCUUCAGUCUCUUAUUUAAAGUCCUGCCUGGUUGAGGGAUGCGGGACCAAAAAGUGAAAGGGAUGGAAGAAGCUAGUUUGUGCCUUGGAGUUUCAUCAGCUGUGCCUGAAGUUGACACACAUCUUAACAGCACUUUGAUCAAUGGCCAGUAUUCAAUGAGUCAGAAGUUGCAUCAGAUAACUUCCCAGCUCAGUCAUGCCUUCCCAGAGCUUCAGAAUCAUCAGAAAACAGAAGAAAAAUCAGGAGCUACAAUAGAAGAAAAAAGUCAUGUGUCAAUGGCAAAUCAACCAAUCAGCAAUCAAAUGGCUUUGUUAGCCAACCAGCUGAAUCGUGAUGUUGACAGUGGUCUUAAUGGAAGGGUUGAUCUUCAGCAAUUUUUAAAUGGACAAAACCUUGGCAUUAUGUCCCAGAUGAGCGACAUAGAGGAUGAUGCAAGAAAAAAUAGAAAAUAUCCUUGCCCAUUGUGUGGUAAACGUUUCCGUUUCAAUAGUAUUUUAUCUCUUCACAUGCGUACUCAUACUGGGGAGAAACCCUUCAAAUGUCCAUAUUGUGAUCAUAGAGCUGCUCAAAAAGGUAAUCUGAAAAUUCACCUGCGCACCCACAAACUUGGAAAUCUUGGCAAAGGCCGUGGAAGAGUCAGAGAAGAAAACAGACUUUUGCAUGAGCUAGAAGAAAGAGCAAUUUUAAGAGACAAACAGAUGAAAAACAGCUUACAUCAGCCUAGACUUGAUGUGAAGCCACAGCAGCACUUACAGCAAUCUUCUUUAUCUAACUGUCAUGUAUCUGUACCAGCGAAUAAUAAUACUUCUGAUCUUUCCAGCAAAGCACCCUCUCCAAAGCCCACACUUGUCCAUGAGGAAGCAGCCACUCCAACAACUGGAUUCAGGUGCACAUUUUGUAAAGGAAAAUUUAAGAAACGUGAGGAACUUGAUCGACAUAUACGAAUAUUGCACAAGCCUUACAAGUGUACACUUUGUGAUUUUGCUGCCUCUCAAGAGGAAGAGUUGAUUAGUCAUGUUGAAAAGGCUCAUAUAACAGCAGAAUCAGUGCAAGGCCAAGGGUCAAGUGGCAAUGGAGAACAGUCGAACAGUGAGUUUCGGUGUGAGGUUUGUGGGCAAGUUUUCAGUCAGGCGUGGUUUCUGAAGGGUCACAUGAGGAAGCACAAAGAUUCUUUUGAACACUGUUGUCAAAUAUGUGGUAGACGAUUCAAGGAACCUUGGUUUCUGAAAAAUCACAUGAAAGUUCACCUUAACAAGCUAUCUGUAAAGAACAAAUCUCCAAAUGAAGCAGAGGUUCCUGUGUCCAUGAGCAGCGUGUCACAAGAGGCACAUGCAAAUUUGUAUUCCAGAUACAUAACUUGCUUACAGAGUGGUUUCAUGUCUUCAGAUAAAGCAAGCUUAAGUGACCACAGUCACAUGUAUAACAAAAAUGACCUUCCUUUAAAAGAAAAAGAAGUUCUUGGAAAAUUGCUUUCACCGAUUUCUGGCAUAGGCCAUAGUAUGACAGAUAGCGAGAAACAUUCGAUAAUUGGCUCACUCAACCUGGUGCCACCUCUAAAAUCUAGCUGUAUCGAACGAUUACAAGCAGCAGCUAAAGCUGCAGAGAUGGAUCCAGUCAAUAGCUAUCAGGCUUGGCAGCUUAUGGCAAGAGGAAUGGCUAUGGAGCAUGGCUUUUUAUCUAAAGAGCAGCAGAUGCAACGCAAUCAUGAUGAUACUUUAGUUAAUGCUGGUGUUCUCUUUGAUAAAGAUAAGAGAGAAUACAUCAUAGUAGGAGCUGAUGGUUCUAAACAGAAAAUGCAAAGUAAUCUACUUCAUAGUUCUAAAAUGUGCAGUCAUAGAGAUGUGCCAUCCAAAUUAGACCUAUUAGAAAGUACCAGAGAUUACCUGUCACAUAAUAUGAACCAGCUAGACUAUAAUAUGCAAAGUCAUGGAAGCUUAAAAGAUAAACCAACUGAGUGCCCUGACUGUGGGAGGGUUUUCAGGACAUAUCACCAGGUUGUUGUCCACUCACGAGUGCACAAAAGAGAAAGAAAAGAAGAUGAAGAGGCUAUUCAGAUGAGCCUUGAAGAGCGACGGGGAUCAGGGAGUGACCAAGAAUCUCAGUCCAUGAGCAGAUCUACAACCCCAGGUUCAUCCAACAUUACUGAAGAGAGUGGGAACGGUGGAGCAUUAUCACAGGCAGGAAGUGCACAGGAAGACAGUCCUCAUCCUUCAUCACCAUCUUCAUCAGAUAUGGGGGACGAAGCUGGAAGAUGUGUAGGAGCACAGCAACAAGCUAUGAUGAGAGACAGAAACCUUGGCUCUGCCAUGAAGGACUGUCCUUACUGUGGAAAAACAUUUAGGACGUCACAUCACUUAAAGGUGCAUUUGAGGAUACAUACAGGUGAAAAGCCAUAUAAGUGUCCUCACUGUGACUAUGCAGGCACUCAAUCUGCUUCCCUGAAAUACCACCUGGAACGCCAUCACAGAGAGAAGCAGAAUGGGUCUGGUCCCAUUCCUGGACACCCUCAAAAUCAGGAGCAUAAAGAUGAAACUUCAAGCAAAAAUCCUCUUUUUAUGAGACCUGAUAUACUCAGAGGAGCAUUUAAAAGCCUCCCUGGAAUAGAUUUUCGAAGUGGUGCCUCACAGCAGUGGCCAUCAGGAAUGCUGCCUUCUGGAGAUCGUCAAGGCCAAUCAAGUGCUAUCAGUUCUGAUGCUUCUAUAGAAAUUCUGAAAAAGUCAGAUAUAUCUUCCAAGGGUUCUCACCUUUCUGAAAUAGGAAGGGCAUAUCAGAACAUUGUUGGAAAUGGUGUAAACUUCCAGGGCUCUUUGCAAGCCUUUAUGGACAGUUUUGUGUUAAGUUCUUUAAAGAAAGAAAAGGAUCUUAAAGAGAGGGCCCUUCUGCAUUCAAUGCCUGUAAAAACACAGAGGUCAGAGAAUAGUGAUGGGAAACUAGAAAAUAAAACCCCUCAGAGGAAGAUGGAAAAAUCUCAGUAUGAACCUCUCGACUUGUCUGUGAGACCAGAUGCACCAUCUCUUCCAGGCUCAUCUAUAACAGUUCAAGAUAAUGUUGCUUGGCAUGGGUGCUUGUUUUGCUCUUUCACUACUGCCUCCAUGGAACUUAUGGCUCUCCAUCUCCAAGCAAACCAUCUAGGAAAAGCAAAGCACAAGGAUAAUAUGAUUGGAGCAUCAGAGCAAAUGAAAGAUCAUAUAAGGGAAUCUUUGGCUGCAGUAAGCAAAGCAGUAGCUUCCUCUUCCUCUAUACAGUGUGGUAAAGACCUGAUGGCAGCCAAAAUAGGUGCACUGCAUUCAUCUGACAAAAUCCUACAACAGGGAAAUAAAGACACUUUGGCAGAGCAGGAAAGGGCCUCCUGGUCUAGUAACAUGGACGCUACCUUCAAUACCUUUUCAAAUGAAUUCUAUAAACAGUUUGGUGUUUAUGCUGGUAUGGCUGGGACCAAUAAUCACAAUUCUUGUUCAAACAUGGACAUUGACACAAAGUCUCAACCUGAAGAUGAUUCCAAUAUAAUUCAGUGUGACUCUGUAAAUACAGCUGCUACUGAUGAUCUGUCUGAUGAAUCGUCAUCUGAAGAUAUGGAAACUUGUAAAGAGGAUGAAAAUGAUGAUGAGGAAAUUGAAACAGAACAAGAAAUUAUGAACAUAACAGAUGACCUAAACAAGGAAAGUAAUGAAGAGGAGAGCAUACUUAACUCAACUGCUGUAAAAACAGCAGAAGAACUUGUGUCACCGACAGCACAAGUCAUAGACAAGCAGUGGCAUUCAACACUUUCCUUAUCCCAUGAAACAUCACAAGAUUCUAUGAAACCAGAUCAAGAGGUUUUGGAGAAGCAAGUCAACAUGCUUUCUGUCCUGAGAGCCUAUAGUUCUGAUGGCAUGGCAGCUUUCAAUGGACUUGGAAGCAGCUCAGUAAAUAGUGGAUGCAUCAAGAGACCAGAUAUAUGUGACAUCCAGGACGGCCAUGGGGACUACGAUGGCUCCUAGUUUUGCUAAUCUGUAUGUUACACAUUUUGAGGCAUGGGGGGAUUUGAUGUACCUCAGUCUCAGAUUGUUCUGUGGCUUAGGUGUCUUGAUGAUGUGCUUCUGAUGUGGGAAGGAACCGAAGCUUUACUAGCUUCCUCCUUGUCAAGUAUUUAUACUAUUGUUUAACCAGAUGUGAGUUACAGAUUUUCAAGAGGAUGUUGGGUUUUAAAAAGACUAUUAUUAAUCAAGGCUUCUCCUGUGCAAUUGAUUUAAAUUGUUUCAGCUGGAUUGCUUAAAUGGGCAUUAAUGCUUAGAGCAUAAUGUUACAUUUACAAAUAUGUUUAUAAACUUUUUAAUAUUUUGCUAAAACUUGAAAUAUGUAAUCUUGCAUGUGAUAUUUAACAGCAGAGUGUGAGAAGCCAUUUUGCUUUGCAAUACUUACUUCUAGUGAGGACUGUACAUUUUAUUAAGGACAUAGAAGAAAUAGGUAGUGCAAGCAAAUAUAUAGAAUCCUCUAACAAGCUGAGUAUUAUUGUCCAUUCUUUCGAUCUGUGCUGACAAAGUAAAUAGCAAAAGAGAAAUUAGAAAAAUUCAAGUGUUUGUCUUUCUCAAGGAAUAAAUAAAUUGGAAAAUGAUGUUACAUGAUAGUAGUAAAAAACAAUGUUAUUUUCAGAAAUUUAUGAAUGUAUUUUAUGUAGUUACUAAAUAGCUACAAAUACAAAAGAAACUCCAAGUGUACUUAUAAAUACUCCUGAUAAAGGUAUUUGUCAUGGUUUUAAGGCAUGUAGAUAUGUUGCCCUGAAAAAGGCAGUUACAUGCAACUGAAAUUUCCCGAAGUGCAUGAAAGGGAAGAACAUAUUAAAUUUAAAUUAAAACAGGCUUUCUUUUUAUCUCAGGUCAUAUCCAUCACUGGAGAUACAUUUUUAGGCAUGCUAUCAAAUACGUGCUUUAAAAAUGAAUGUGUAUAGUUAUGGCAAGAGAAUAACGAAAGCCAUGUUUUAUAGUACUUAAAAAGGGUCAAAUUUGUCAAAUACAAAUCAUAUCUUAUCUGAUUAUAAUACUGUUAGUAUUGUAUUUGUAGAUUGCUGUUUUUGUAAUCUAAUUUAUAUUUGGAAAAAAUGGAAGCCACUAACCAGGGUAGUGAAGCAUGUAAAUAAUAUCAGAAGCAUUCCACAAUUUUUGCUAAUAAUAUUGGUUUAUUACAUAAUAUGGAAAAAUCUGUGAGUGUAAACCAGUUUACGUUUUGAGCAAAAUUUGAGGACAGAUUCAGUAUAUAGGUCUGAUACACAAAUAAUAUUGGCAACUAUCUCUAUCUACUCUAUCAAAAGUAAUAUUUAUUGAAUCAGUCUCAUGGCUGCUAGGUUUCCUGGACGUCUUAAACCUGCUUUUUUGAUAAUUUUCACAUUUUUAAAUUGGUCACUGUUUGUAUAUAUGGAUGUUAAUGUAUUUUUCAUUGUAUUAUAUUAUGCAUUUUACAUAUCAUCGGGAGAGCCACAUGUACCGUAGUUAAACUUCAAAAAGUAUUAACAAAUCAAGAGUGGCAUAACAUGAUGUGCUGAAGAUUUGCAUUUACAUGAUGCUCAACAGUGAGAUUGCACCUAUCAAUGACGUCAUCCUUUGUAAUGAUAUGGACUGAUGAUCAGUUACUCAACUGGAGUGGCGGUUGGGACAUGUGAGAGGCCUUAAUCUUGAUGUCAGAUAAUUCCUGUUGUGUUUAUAUUGGUGGCAUGUGACAGCCAUUCAUUUGUCUAUUAAAAAGACCCAGAGACUCAUUUGGACAUUAAAUUGUGUAUGUUACUAAUGUAUUAUUAUAUAAAGUGCUUUGGUAUUCACCUGGAGUACUCCAUUCAUUUUUUUUUUCUCUUGUGUCUGUUAAGAUGUGUCCCCACUAGCUGUCUGAACCUCCAUUCCUGGAUAACUCAAGUUUGAUUGUUGCAAAUACCCUGUAACACAAUGCACUGGUUGUCUUUGAUUUGUCUUUCUCCAUUCUGUGAUUGUUAUUCCUAAAUUGGUGUGUUGGAAGGAUAUAUUUGGGUGUACAACACUUGUAUAGUGAAGACAAAAUAGAAUUUUGUAACUUACAGACUGUUCAUUAAAGUGUGGUUCUUCCACUUAAAAAAAA